AGUUUCGAUCUGACGUGGUGUUGUUGAGCUGUCGAGAAAAACACCUUUCUUUUUACAAUUUGGCUUGAGCGAUUAACCAAUAAUUUUAGUUUAUUUUUUAAAAUCAACACAAAUCUGCCAAAAUGUUAGACGCAUUAUUCGACGAUGUAAAGCGCAUGAACAAGAGACAGUUUAUUUAUCAACUGCUCAGUUUUGGUAUGAUAGUAUCGUCAGCCCUGAUGAUAUGGAAGGGCUUGAUGGUGCUAACAGGUAGCGAGAGUCCAAUCGUGGUGGUGCUCUCCGGGAGUAUGGAACCCGCGUUUCACAGAGGAGACUUGUUAUUCUUGACCAACUAUCCCGAUGAACCUGUGCGUGUCGGCGAGAUCGUCGUCUUCAAAGUGGAGGGACGCGAUAUUCCUAUCGUUCACAGAGUUUUGAAGCUGCAUGAAAAGAACAAUGGAACAGUUAAAUUUUUAACUAAAGGAGACAAUAAUAGUGUAGAUGACAGAGGAUUAUAUGCCCAGGGACAACUCUGGCUCACAAAGAAGGAUGUGGUGGGCCGGACUAGAGGCUUUUUGCCUUAUGUAGGAAUGGUCACAAUUUAUAUGAAUGAAUAUCCUAAGUUUAAGUUUGCGGUACUGGGAUGUUUAGCAAUCUAUGUGCUAGUCCAUAGGGAAUAAAUAUCAUGAUCUGAUAAGGAAGAUGGGAGUCCAGAUAUCUGUGUGUUUAACGGAUUGAAAGAUGUAAUUUUCACUUCUAAGCGCCUUACACAUUGGCGAACAUGGAUGUUUGCGAAAUAUUCCACAAUGGAGCACGUGCCCGUUUUUCAUGCGUUAAGGCUCAGCCCGUAGCCACCCUAUGACAUGAUAGAAUUAACUGUGCGCCGCGCUGAAAAUUCUACCUAACUAGCCCUGUUGUUUUUGCAUUUCUAUUAUUUUAUUAUAAAAUUUUACACCAUAAAGAAAAAUACCAAUGCAAAUGUGCGUUAUGAAACUGAAUCUGCUGAUCAUUCUUUCGUGUCUGUAGAGCGAAAAGUGCUUUGUAUUUUAAAACCAAUUAUAAAACAAUGGUAUCAACUUGUGCACGCUUCGUUUAAACAUGUUAUGAAUGAGUUCCGCAAAGAUGCAACACCAAAUUUGGAAAUUUAUCCUCGUGAAUGUAUUUGGGGCAUAUUCGACAAUGUAGAUGCACGCAGAAGAAGUGAAUAUUAUAUUAAUUGUGAAAGACUUG